CCUUGGGCUGGAUUCAGUGUGUCCUCUUUUUAAAUAGUUACUGCAUCUCUUGGGUAGGAAACUGUAGGGUGAGAAUCUCCCCAAGUAUGGCUAUGGGCUCACUGGCCGCUCUGAGACUUAGAAAGGCUGCAAGGUCCAGCCCCCUAUUUUCCCUAGGAGAGGGGCUGGAAGGUGCCUGUAGGAAGCCCACCCAGCUGCAACUUGCCCUUCCCUCCCCCCCUGCUUUCCAGUGGUAGAGUAGAUCUGAGCAUGGAGGUUCUACCUUAGCCGCUGCAGGUAGGCAACCCCUCCCAAGGGCUCUCUCCUGACCCACUAAGGGAGAUGAUAACACAGUAGAAGUCUAAACAGCAACAAAAACUGUGGAGUUGGAAGGGACCCAAAGGGCCAUCUAGUUCAACCCCCUCUUGCAAUGCAGGAAUCUCAGCUAAAGCAUCCUUGACCAUCCAACCUCUGCUUAAAAACCUCCAAGGAAGGAGAGGCCACCGUUGUCUGUUCCCCUCCCGAAGGGCUCUUCCCAUCAGAAAGUUCUUCCCGAUCUUGAGUCGGAAUCUCCUUCCUUGUAACUAGAAAACAUGGGUUCGAGCCCUACCCUCCGAAGCGGGAGAAAACGAGAGCUUCCUCCCUCUUCCAUGCGACAGCCCUUGGGAUGUUUGAAGGUGGCUAUCAUUUCUACUCUUGCCUCCCUCUUUUCCAAGCUAAACAUCCCCAACUCCCUCAACCUUUCCUCAUACAUAAGGCUUGGUUUGCAGACGCUUUGCCAUCAAUUGAAACUUCGAUGGAAAUCAUGUAACGGAAGAGAUAAGCUUGUGAGAGCAGCUUUUCGAAGACACUCUUUUCGGAGAAUCGCUGCCACUUCCUGCGCCCCGUGGCGCCCGCGCUGCUCUUAGCGCCCCCACCCCAGGUAAUCCCACCGUCCCCCAAGGGAACCGCUAUCUAACCCCCCCCCAAGUCCCUAAAAAGGUCCGGGGGGGGGACUGGUGCCGGGACAGCAGAUGGAGGAGCAGCGACCGGGCGUCGUCUGAAGGCUCCUCAGGGGGAGAAACUGAGGCAGCGAGUGAAAUUUAGCGAAUUUUGUAAACCAGAUCCCGACUUCCUCUUUUUGGCGGUAUAAACGGGGAGGAAGCCGGUCAGCAGCCGCCCCAGAAGCAGGAGAGAGGGAGCGGGUGCCUGGUUCUUGCUCCGCAGGGACUCCCCGCGGCUCAGCGAUGGACGACUUCACCGACUUCUACACGGAGUACAACGGUUCCGACCCGGACCCCUCCGACUCGGGCCCUCUGGUGUUCGAGGAGCCCGGCCUGGGCGCCCUCCUGUGGGUGGCGCUGACCCUCUACGCGCUCGUGUUCGUGGUGGGCGUGCUGGGCAACGGCGCCGUGGUCUGGGUGGUGGGCUUCCAGAUGCGGCGCACCGUCAACACCACCUGGUUCCUCAACCUGGCCGUGGCCGACUUGCUCUGCUGCCUGGCGCUGCCCUUCCUGGCCGCGCCACUCGCCUCCGACCACCGCUGGGCGCUGGGCGACUUUGCCUGCAAGCUCUUCCCGUCGCUCACCAUCCUCAACAUGUUCGCCAGCAUCAACCUGCUGGUCCUCAUCAGCAUCGACCGCUGCUGCCUGGUGCUACGGCCCAUCUGGUGCCAGAACCACCGCUCGGUGCGCCUGGCCUGGGGGUCGUGCGCCCUGGCCUGGCUGCUGGCGCUGGCGCUCACUGCGCCCACCUUCUUCUCCCGCAGCACCUACACGUAUUACGACAAGAGCACGUGCCGCACCAGCUACGCCGCUUUCCCCGGGGAUCCCCGCGUGACCGAGGUCUCCGUGGCUUCCACGCGCUUCGCGCUGGCCUUCGCGCUCCCGCUGGCGGUCAUCUGCGUGUGCUACGGGCUGCUCCUGCACCGGGUGCGCAGCUCCCGCUUCGGGCAGCGCUCGCAGAAGACCCUCAAGGUGGUGCUGGUGGUGGUGGUGAGCUUCUUCGUCUGCUGGGGGCCCUACCAAGUGGCUGGCCUCAUCCUGGCCUCCGAGCCCGCGGACAGCCCGCUCGCCCGCUCAGUGAACAAGGCGGACCCCCUGAUCGUGAGCUUGGCCUACGUCAACAGCUGCAUCAACCCGGUCAUCUACGUCCUCGCGGGCCACGACUUCCAGAGCAAGGUGCGCCGCUCCGUCAAGGCGCUUCUGCGCAACGUCUUCAGUGAGGAGUCCACGUUCGGACGCUCCUUCGCCGACGGCCACGCGGGGACGCAAGACACGUGCGCAGCGGCCACCACGGAGGACCGCAGCGACCCCAGCGACCGUAGCGCCAGCACCGCCGUGUGAGGAGGGGGCCACAACAAAGGAGACCCUGCUAGGGCGCUCUGUCUGCGCAACGCCCAUCCUCUUACUUGCUUAGCUCUGGGAGGGGGGCAGCCCCACCCAGGCAGUCUCUGCAGGCUCCUAGACCCCUGAGACCAUUCGCACGCACCCCCACCUUCACGGGGGAACUCCCUGUCCAUUGACAUCAAGCAGGCUCCUUCCCUGUGCUCUUUUCGGCGCCUGCGAAAAACAUUCUGGUCAGACAAGCCGACCCAGAAGCGUAGGAGGUGGAUUUUAACCUGUUGGAGUAUUUUAACUUUUGUAUGUUUUAAAGUACUGUUGUACAUUUUUCUCAGUUUUCUUAUCUUUUUGUAAACUGCUUUGAGGCGUGUUUUUUUUAAAACAAUCAAGCUAUGCAUGCACUUUAUGAAAUAAACAAAACAAUCACAAUAGA